CUCCGGGGCUGGGCGCGGCCGUCCGGAGCGCUCACUGUGAGUGUGUAGCCCGGGGCUGUGACAACGGACCCGAGCCGGGAGCUGCAGCACGGCGACCCGCGGGGAGGCGUGCGCGGGGCAGGCGACCGCGGACCGGCUGGCGGGUCUGACGCACCGCCGCGCUCGCAGUCUCGCUCCGGCUCCAGAGUGCGCGCCGCUGCUUCCCGCGCCUCGGGAGCGUUGCGUUGCGGGCCGCGCCGCUGCCGCCGCCCGAUGGCGAAGCUGCGGGAUUACCUGCCCCGCCUGAUGGUCACGAUCCGGUCCCUGCUCUUCUGGUGCCUGAUCUACUUCUACUGCGGGCUCUGCGCCUCCAUCUACCUGCUCAAACUUUUGUGGAGCAUCUGCAAGGGACCCUCGCAGACCUUCCGGCGGGUCGCUCGGGAACACCCGCCCGCGUGCCUGAACGACCCCUCUCUGGGUACCCACUGCUACGUGAGGAUCAAGGAUUCGGGGUUAAGAUUUCAUUAUGUUGCUGCUGGAGAAAGAGGCAAACCACUUAUGCUGCUGCUUCAUGGAUUUCCAGAAUUCUGGUAUUCUUGGCGUCACCAACUAAGGGAAUUUAAAAGUGAAUAUAGAGUUGUGGCACUGGAUUUGAGAGGCUAUGGAGAAUCAGAUGCUCCUGUUCAUCGAGAGAAUUAUAAAUUGGACUGUCUAAUUACAGAUAUAAAGGAUAUUUUAGACUCUUUAGGGUAUAGCAAAUGUGUUCUUAUUGGCCAUGACUGGGGAGGCAUGAUUGCUUGGCUAAUUGCCAUCUGUUAUCCAGAAAUGGUGAUGAAGCUUAUUGUUAUUAACUUCCCUCAUCCAAAUGUAUUUACAGAAUAUAUUUUACGACACCCGGCCCAGCUGUUCAAAUCCAGCUAUUAUUACUUCUUCCAGAUACCAUGGUUCCCAGAAUUUAUGUUCUCCAUAAAUGAUUUCAAAGCUUUGAAACAUCUGUUUACUAGUCACAGCACUGGCAUUGGAAGAAAAGGAUGUCGACUAACAACAGAAGAUCUUGAAGCUUAUAUUUAUAUUUUUUCUCAGCCUGGAGCAUUAAGUGGUCCAAUUAACCAUUACCGAAAUAUCUUCAGCUGCCUGCCUCUCAAACAUCACAUGGUGAUCACUCCAACAUUACUGCUGUGGGGAGAGAAAGACGCAUUUAUGGAGGUUGAGAUGGCUGAAGUCACAAAGAUUUAUGUUAAAAACUAUUUCAGGCUAACUAUUUUGUCAGAAACCAGUCAUUGGCUCCAACAAGAACAACCUGACAUAGUGAACAAAUUGAUAUGGACAUUUCUAAAAGAAGAAACACGAAGAAAAGAUUGACUUUUUCCAUGAGGAAUCUAUAAUGGAAUCUCCAAAUAAUUUUUAAAAAUUGUUCAUCAACUUCUUUAAGCUUCAUUAGGAAAAAAUUGUUUUAAUGUGCUUGUAUCCUGACAAAUGAUAUUGAAAAAAAUCUGAGAAUGUAUGAACUUGUAACAUAAUGUUGAUUUUCUUUUGUUGUAUUUUGCACAGAAAAGCAUUUGCCUUAAAAUGUAUACACUUGGACAAAAAGGACGUUGAAGAAAGUGGCUCAAUUUUGUUUUUUUUUGCAUUCUUUACCUUGUUAAUAUAUGGUGCCUUUUACAAAUGUAUAUUAAAGAUUAACUGUACCAUAUUAAAAGGCAAACGUGCAAUGGUAUAAAUUUUCAUUUUAUUGUUCAAAAGUUCUUUUUACUAUUUUUUAACCAUUAAAAAAUUCUGUUAUCAAAUA